AUGACGGUCUCGAAGUGGCUUACUCUGGCUCGUCAAUGCCUGCUUCGUCGAAUCUCUGUGGAAGACUUCGGCAAUUUGCUGCGGAACCAUGACGGUGAAAUCGAUGGCAAGCGAUUAUUUGGGGCUCUGGUUGAAUGUCGAGAAUCUUUCUGCCAGCCAGGAGAUCCUCUCGUCUCACUUUAUAUCGACUACAUUGCAACCGCUGGAAUUGUCGUCAUAUCCGACGCGCUGGUUAUCCUCACAAAACGUUGGAAUGGAACAAGAUCUCCAGUAACACAAGGUGCACUUGCAUGCUACAAUGACACCCUGCAAGAUUUGACCAUGGUGAUUGUCUCCCCAAAGUUCAAGACCGGGGCAGCUGAAGCACGCCUGGCUCUACAGAUCUCGUCAAGAUGGCUUUCUACUUUGGCACGGCAAGCAUCACGAGGAGAUUCCGAGCCACCAGGAAUGGAGCUCAGCAGCACCAUCGAAUUGCUCGCCUUCCUCAUGGCAUCUAUGACCGCAACUGACGCUGGACUCGAAUCUUUAUCUAUUGCCAAGAGCCCGGAGCAAAAGGACAAAUAUGUGGCUGUCGACAACUUACGCACUCUAGUGAAACAGGCCUUUGAGCUCUGCUUGCCAUUAUAUUCUACGCUCUCCUCUCAGCUCAUGGAGCGGAUAAACACAGUCUUGAAACAUAUUAACCUUCUCGAUGAUGGCUCGGCGCAACCUGGCAAUGCCCCUGCCCCUGCUUCCGAGAUUCAAGCGCUUCAAUUCCAAGUCUCUAUCGCAGAUAGCCAGUUGGUGGCUUCCAAAGCUGGCACAAUGCUUUACCUAGAAAGUCUUCUCUUUGCAGGCUCAACUAUCGACGAUGGCGGGACAGUACAUUGGCUUUCAGCGCGCCAUCAGAAUGAUUACCAGUCAAUGUUCAUCGACGUCUUUACGUCCUCCUUUUCCAUUCUCAAAGCCCAGACCAUUACACCUGGCAGAACUUUAUGCAUGCAGCAGUGUCAGAUUUUCAUUCAGAACAAACUUCCAGCACUUCUGUCAAUGAUAUCGGCCUCUUCAUUCAACAGUUUCAAUACCGAACAAGCCAUGACCGACUCAUGGCAUCAGGUGGUGUCUUUACUUUCGUCACAAGACCUUCUUUUGACGGGAGCUAGGCUGCUGCACGUCUGUACUUUGCAUCACUUGCUCCCGGCACAAAUCGCAGUACAGCUCGUUGGAAACGAGGAUACUUUGAAAGGACUGAGCAAGGGCUUGUAUGCUAAAGAUGACCUCGUGGCACAAGUCCACGCAAAUCCUAUGAGAGGACCCAAACUUGUUGAGGAAUUGACCCGCAACGAUGGGAGUGCAGGCUUCAUCAGUCAGGCGGUUGUUGAGAUCUCGCCAAUGCUAUACUUCGGAGACCUACUACGAUCAAUUGCAUUGCUCUAUUCGUUCGUCCUGACUAUUUUCUGGGACCACUUUGUGGGCUCUUGGACGAGUGGCGAUGGGAUGAAAUACAUGGCACAACCGGUAUACGAUGAUUUUGGGGCCAUCUUUCUUCUGAUUUUGAAAGAUGGAUUCCUAGCUCGAUAUCUAGAGCAUGAGCAUAACGAAGAGAGCCUAGAGAACCUCUCUGAAGAAAGGAAACUGCAUUUGGGGAACUGGAUCAACGCUCUUUACUUGGCUGAAGGCCUUAGGGAUGAACUGUUCACAAACUGCAGUCCCCACGACUUCUACCUCUUGAUUCCCACUCUCCUCCGACAAUCGAUGACGGCUCACCAGCAGGGAAAGCUAACUCAUGACUCUUUACAAGCCGGCUUGGACUAUCUCCGUGAGCCUUUCUUGCUCCCUUCCCUGAUAUCGGCAAUGGAUUGGGUCGCAGAGGUUUUCCAGCAUGAGCGCAUGGUUGCUGGAAAGGUGUUGGAGGCUCUAAUAAAACCACCAGGGCCGUUGGAGUCUCGGGAUAUCCACCACACUAUAUUGACAUUAUGUGCGCCAAGGCUGAAGUUGCGCCUGAAGACUAUUGGAGCACAAGACAACGACGUCGACUCCAUUCUCAAGACCCUGGACCAGUGUCCGGACUUUUCGUUCGUCUCGGAGCGAGAACGAGAGACACCUAAUCCAGGAACCCUCAACAUUAUACAGCAUUGCCUGGCAAACUUAAUUACUUCCACAACUGCUCUGGACAUUGGGGAGGCGCCUCCCUUUGAGGACAUUUCUGCCCUCGUGAGCCGAGCCGUGCAAGUCCAUGGCCCCCAGUCGACCCUGCGGGCAAUGGUUGGGGUGCUUCUACAACUGAGCGACAGUCACGUAUUCCUUUAUGCUCUUGAUGCACUCACCACCGCAGUUUGUAUGGCUGGAAACGGGCUUCGCGACGCCCUGCGCUUACAAUACCACGACCUGGGGAGUCUCUUGAAGAGCGGGGAAACUCUCGCUGCUGAAGGGGUGGUCCGUCUAUAUCGGCAAGUUGAAACAUACACGAAUCUUCUUGCUGUGCCGGACAUGGGUUUAGACUCGUUCAACUUUUCCCAGCAACUUACGAACAUGGAUACGGCCGACCCCAAUCUCGACGCUGCUACUGCGGUGUCGGGCGGAAUGGACCUGCAGACAGAUCAGGGCCAAGCUGACGGAAUUAAUCAGGUACUAGAUGAAGUCGCCGCCAUGGGAAACCUGGACUCCAACGAUGCAGACAUGAGCUUUGAUGCUCUCUAUGACCUUCAGGGAAAUGAUAUGGAUCUCAAUGACUUGGAUUUGGACAUGUUCUGA